AUGAAAUUAAUUGUUCUAUGUUUGGUGUUUUCGUUAUAUUUCUUUGACAAAAAAAUUGUUUGUAAUAAAAAAAAUGGAAAGAGUAAAAGUAAUAACCAUAAUUAUUUUAACAAUACCAAUAAGCAUAUUGAUAAAGAGGUGAUAUAUAAUUUACCGGAAAAUGAUAAUUUAUUUCAUGUUCUUAAAUAUUUAAUACAUGAAGAAAAUAAAAAUAUAUUAUAUGAUAUCGAUGCGAGUUUAUAUACAAAGAUAGAGAAGAAAGAAUAUAUUACUAAAGAAGAUUUAUUAAGAACAUUAGCAUUGAUAGAAAAAAAGAAUGUUGAUUGUAAUGAUAAUACAAAAAAAGUAAAGAUUGCUAAAUUAUUAAUUGAUAUUAACGAUCUUUUAAGAACAAAUUAUAUUAUUCUUGAUGAUUACAAAGAAAUAAAUAAAAAUGAUUUAGCAAAAAAUGGUUUUUUAUUAAAAUUACAAAAUUCUUUAAAUAAAAGAGACAUGGUAAAUUUUAAGAGAGUUAGCCAAGAUAUUAUAUUAAGAAAUCAAUAUUUAGAAAAAAAUUAUAAAUUAUGUAGUAUAUCAAAUGAUAUGUUAAUUAUAAGUACUCCUAGAAAUUUAAAUAUAUCUGAUACAAGUAUAAAAGAAAUAAAAUAUCCAUCAUCUAUAAAUAUUAUGAAUGAAAGAUUUUGUGACAAUGUCAUAUCUUGUAAUGUGUCAAAUAUAUCACCUUUACAAUUAAACAAGUCUAUUGAUUUAUAUAAACCAUUACUCGAUUUGGAUAUAAAAAAUAGAAUUGAUGAAUAUAGAAAAAAAGUAAUAACUUAUUUUGAACAUUCAAAGAGUGAAAACUUUUAUUUAAUAAGAGAUGAAUUUAAUGAAAUAAAAAAAAAAUUUUUCUUAUAUAUUCAUCCUAGUAAAAUGCCAGAAGCAAAACCUAACAAUGAUAUUUUUAAAAAAGAAGAUUUAGAAGGAAAUGAAAUUAUUACAUAUGUAUCAAACAAAAUUGAAAAUAAGGAAAAUAUAAAAAAUAAAGAAGAAUACAUAUUAAAGAGUAAUAACAAUAAUGUUAUAAAAAUUUCUUCUAAAAAAACUAAAAAGGUUAUUCAUAUACCUAUAAAAAAAAAAAAAAAAAAAUUGUCCAAUGAUAUAAAGGUAAAUGUGAAUUCAUCAACCAACAGUGAUAAUAAUAUUAUUUGUAAUGAUACAAUUGAUACAUGUAAGAAAAUAGAAAGUGAAAAUGGAAAUAAAAAAAAUGACAAUGUGAAGAAUACAAAUCGUAUAUAUCAUAUCUUUUUAAAAAAAAAAAAUAAUGAAAAAAAAUGUGAUAUUUCUAAACAAAUAAUUUAUAAUAAUAAUAUGUUUAAAGAAAAUGAUGUAAUAAAACCAUUUACACAUAAUGACAAUAUUUUAAAAAAAAUUAUUAUUAUUAAAGACAUUUCAAGAGAAAAACCAACAAUUAAAGAAAUUAUACAUCAACAAACUCUUCCUGCAGAGAAUUCAGAAUUAUAUAACAUAUCUGAGCAUAUUCAAAAUAAAUGUAAUUGUUGUUUUUAUUCUAUACCAUUAAUUCAUAUAUAUCAUCCUAAUGGUAGUAUGCAUUGUUUAUCUUGUUCUCAGUAUGAAAAAAAUGUAAAUAGAAAAUGUCCUAUAUAUGAGAAAUAUAUCACCUUUAAUUAUAACGAUACAUGUCUUUUAUGUGUCCCCUCUAGUUAUAUAACGAAUAAUUGUUUUUGUAAUUUAAUACCUUCAAAAGGAAUAGGAAAAAAAACAAAUGAUUCAUCUAGGAAAUUAAAUAUGAUGCCACAUUUUAGUACUAUGAUAGAUGUAUAUGGAAAUAAAAAUAUUGAUGGUUAUAAUUAUGUUGAGAACGAUAACGAUCUAAUAGUUUACUCAAAUAGUGAUGAACCUAUUUUAAAGAAGAGUCAUAAAGAAAGACCUAAUAAAAAACAUUCACAUAGGUAUAAAUUAAAAUGCCCUGUUGGUAAUACACCUAGUGGUAUAUUUUCUGGACAAUCAAUUUCUAUUUUUCCUAUUAUAGGGGAUCAUAUAAAUAGAGGUGAUUAUGAUAAUUAUGCAUAUUAUGAUGAAGAGGAUGAAAUGUGUUAUAAUAUAAUUAAUAAUGACAAUAUAAAUAUAAAUAAUGAAGAUGAUAAUUAUGAAAAAAUUUUAUAUGAUAAAGACAAAAUAGUUCAUUUAAACAGUAGUUCCUUUGAUGCUAUUAAUAUUAAAAUAGGAGGUCAAGAAUUGAAUAUUAAUGAUAGAAAUGAAGAAAAUGAUUUAUUAAAUAAGGAAUUUAUAGAAUAUAUAAAUGAUAUAAAUGAAAAGGAAUAUUAUGAUUCGAUGGAAGCAUGUAAAGAUUAUCGUUAUCAUCAAGCAUUUGAAGAAUCUAUAAAAAAUGUAAAUAAUAGAGAAUGUUACAAAAAUAUAUAUUAUAGUACCGUUCAUAAAAAGGAAGACAAUAUGGAUAAAAAAUGUUCACAUGGUAUAGAAAGUGGAAAUAAAAAUGAAAGUGAAUGUGAAAGUGAAAGUGAAAGGGAAAGUGAAUGUGAAAAUGUUAAUAAUCAUAAUAGUAAUAAUAAUAAUAAUAAUAAUAAUAAUAAUGAUGAACAAAAGAAUUAUUUUCUUUUUGAUCUUAGAUUUAUUUACAAAACUGGAUUUUUUACUAAAAGAAAAACAAUUAUUAAUUCUUAUUUAAAAACUAACAAAAUUGAUAUUACAUAUAAUAAAGAAAAGAUACUUUAUUUAUUUAAAAGCUUAUUUGAAAAAACAUUCAAAGAUAUAAAUUAUCAAAUUAAAGAAUCAUUAGUUCACAUGUUUCCAAUUGUACAAAAUUCAGAAAUAGAAGGAUUCGAUUUAGAUUUUGGUAAGGUUAAAAUACAUUAUGCUACAUCUAUUAAUAUGUUUAAAUAUUCUGUUUUUGAUCUUAUUAAUAUGAAAAUUUAUUUUAUUAGCCCAGAUAAAACAUAUAUACUUCUGGAAGAUAUUAUCAAGGAAAUAAGGGAAGAAAAAGAAAAUUCGAAUAAUGAUGGAUCACGACGAAAAAACAAAAUUAUAAAUAUGUAUUCACAUGAAAUGAAUAUAACAAAUAUUGAGUGCAGUACUGAAAAUACUAAAACGAAUACUACCAAUAGUGAAUCCAAAAUAACAACGACAAGAGAAAAUACAACUGUGAUAAAAGAAAAGAUUGACACACAUGAAGAAAACAAAAAAUGUGACAACACAAACAAGAACAUUAAUAAUAAUAAUAGUAAUAAUAAUAAUAAUAGUUAUAGUAAUGAUAAUAAGAGAGAUAAUGAUUCUUUUGAACACAUGGAUAUACAAAAAAAUGAUACUAUUACAACUAAUAUAGAUUGUAAUAUUAUACAUAAUAAUACAAAUGAUAGUAGUAAUAAUAAGAGAAUUAAAUACAAUUUAAAUAUAUUAAAAUUUUUAUUGAAAUAUAAAGAUCUCUUAUCCAAAGAAGACAUAAACUUGAUCAGUGAUAAAAAUAAUCUUGUAACUAUUGAUAAAAAUGAUAAACCUAAUAUUGGCAAUGAGAUUAUCGAAAUAACUAUUAGAAAAAACGAAAAAAGUAAUAUAGAAAACAGUUGCAUUUAUACAAAUAAUUCGGUUAUAAAUAAUAUAGAUAAUAAUAUAAGUGAAUCUAUAAAUAUUAAUGGUGGUGAAGGUAUAAACGAAGUCAUUGAAACUGUUGAUAAAUAUUUAGAUAAAUAUUUUAGUGUACAUAAUAUGCCAAUAUAUUAUAUGGAAAAUAUGAAAAUUUCUAAAAAUAUUAUAUAUGUCACAUCUGAUGUAAAUAGUGAUUUAGAUAUGCUUAAAAUGAGUAUAUUAGGUAUAUGUAAUAUAACUAAUAAAUCUAUUGACAGUUUUAAUUUCUUUCUAGUACGAAAGGAAGCAGAAUUAUAUGAUCCUAACAAAUGUCAUAGAAUACCAGAACAUAUUAAAAAUGUGCAAGAUUUAUAUAACUAUAGUAAAAUGUUAGACAUGAAAAUUAUUAUUGCACCAAUAUAUGCAGAAGAUAUAGAUAUAAUACCUAAAAGUUUUGAUUAUUUGUUUGAAUUCUAUAAAGAUAAAGAUGAUAAAAAAGACGUGACAACAAAUUCGAAAGAAAACCAAUGUCAACAAAAAGAAAAUGUCGAUAAACAGGAAAGGAAUAAAAGAGAAAAUGAUACAACAAAAAUUACAUUGUCAAAUAUGAAGUACAAUUAUAAAAUGGACAGGAACAACAACAAUAAUAAUAAUAAUGAUAAUAAUAAUAAUAAUGAUAAUAAUAAUAAUGAUAAUAAUAAUAAUGAUAAUAAUAAUAAUAAUACUAAUAAUAGUAAUAAUAGUAAUAUUUAUUAUUAUAAUCAUAAAUUGUCCUUGUUUAAUGAUGGGGAUAGUAAAAAAACCAAUGAGGAUACAACUAACUUGGAUGAUAAAAAUUACUAUUUUUUCAAUCAUGAUGAUAUGAAAUCACUUAUUUUAAAUGAUCCAGAAAAUGAACAAAAUAUGGAAUAUCUAACUGAAGAAAUAACCGUUUAUGAAGAUGAACAUAUUUAUAAAGAAGGGAAUUUAUAUAAUUCCUUUGUCAUAUAUAUAGAUAAUCCUUUUAAACGCAUUAAUAUAAAAAAUGCCCCUAUAUUAAAAGGAUAUACUUUAAAUUUAUUUAUAAAUGAUAUAAUGAAUAAAAUGAUACAUAUACCUUCCACUUUUAUUAAUACACAAUCGUAUAAAAAAGGAAUGUUUGUAAUGAGUAUAUGUUAUUGUUUUAAUUAUUAUUCAUUAAAUAUAUAUACAAAUAAUAUUAUUUUGUUAAACUUUGAUAAAGAUGUUACAUUAUAUGAAGUAAUAAAAGAAUUUAAAAGUAGAGAGAAUGAAUAUUUAUUAAUAAAGAAUAAAAUGAAUGAAGAAUGUGUAGAUGUUGAUAAUCUAUCAAAUAUUAAAUCACCAGAUACAAUAGAUUUGAUAGACUCUAAAUAUAUACAUUUGGAAUUCCCAUUAUUAUAUAUAGAUGAACAUUCUAAUUUUUUUCAAGAUAAAAUUAUAUUAAUGAAUGUACCCGAAAAUUUAACAGUAUAUGAAUUAUGUAAAUCUAUGAAGAAUAUAUUGAAUGAAUCAUUAAUAUCAUUUAAUUUAAGUACCAUAAAUGAUAUAAAAAUAUAUACAAUAAGAGGAAGACAAUGGGAAAUGGUAUUAGAUAAUCUUUUAGUUUUUGAUUUAAAAAUUAAUUAUCAAGAUAUUUUUACAAUAUUGAUUGAUAAUAAUUUUUUAACUAAAAAUUAUUAUGAAUUAUUAUCUAAUAUUAUAAUAGAUUUUAGAGAUAAUAAUAUGUAUAUUAAAAAGUUAGAUAUAUAUAUAGAUUAUAUUUUCCAACCAUAUACUAUAUAUAAUAUACCUAUAUAUAUUACUUCAAAUAAUUUAAAAUAUAUUUUAUUACAAUAUACAAAUACAUUUUUAUCUAAUUCAUUAUUAGAUGAAUUUUUUUUUACUUACAAUAAAAGACAUACAACAAUUAAUGUCGUUCCAGAAGUAAGGAACUGGGAGCAUGUAGACGAUUCGGAUGUAUAUAUUUAUGAAGAAAAUGAUAUAAAUGAUAAAACAAAAGAACAAAAAAGAAAUAUAUCAUUUAUAUAUGUACUAAAUAUGUUAAGUACCUUUUAUAAAAUUAAAUUUAACUCUAGCAAAUUGUUAGAAUCUGUAAUGGGUGAAUUACAUCAAUUAUGUGGGAAAGGAUUUAAUGAAAAUAUGUGGUUAGACAUAAAAAAAUCUUCAAAAAAUGAAAAAGAUAUAGAAAUAUAUUUAGAAAAUAGUUCAAAAAAAGUAUUAGUUAAAAAUGUACCUUUAGAUUUAUUAGUAUGGAAACUUAUUAAUAUUAUAAUGAGAGGUUCAUUUAAUAUACCUAUAGAGGAUAAGGAGAAAUUAUAUAAUUUAUUUAUGCUAGUACCUAAAAAUAAAGACAAAAUAAAAGAUAAAAAUGUGGAUUACUAUUUUUUAUCUAUUCCUGGUUAUACUGUUGAGGAUAUGUUGAGAGUAUUUGAAAAGAAGAAGAAACCGAAAAAAAAAGGAAAAGAAAAAAAGAGUACUAAUGAUAAUCAGAAUUAUGAAAUAAUUUAUGAUAAUAAUUUUAAUAAUCAUAAUUAUAAUAAUUAUAAUAAUUAUGAUGGUAUGAGAACAAAUUAUUAUAAGAUUCUGUUAAUUAAAGCAUACCCACAACACUUACAUGCAAUACAAAACAAUGAGAGAUUUAAUGAAUAUCUUACAUUCAAUUUAGAAUCAUUACCUUCUGUUAUCGAUUUUAAGAACCCAAUAACGUGUUUAAGUUUUUAUGUUAAUUAUAAAAAUGAAAAUAAAAUGACUCAUAUAAUUAAUGUACCUGAAAAUAUAUCUACAGAUAUAUUGUUAAAAACUAUUCUGUCUGAUAAUUUUUGUAGGUGGAAAAAGUUACCAAAUGAAGAAAAAAUUAAAUUCUCACUACACGUAAAUAAAAAAGAAAUAAAAAAUAUUAAAGAUUAUAUAAAUAAUGCAGAUAUAGCACAACUGAAAACAUUUAUUUUAAUAAAUAAUAAUAGAAGAAGGGUACAUGAAAAAUAUAUUGAUUUAGAUAAUACAACUGAAAUAGGAUCUAAUAUAAAUAAUAUAUCAAAGGAAGAAUUAAAAGAAAUACAAUUAUAUGAUAAUGUAUUAAGAGAAAUAUUAAAUAAAAAUUAUAUAGAUUUUAAUAAUAUAUCUCUUAUUGGUUAUACAAUAACAGUUUAUGUUUUUGAUGGUAAUAAUUAUGAACCUUUAACAAUAUAUAAUGUACCCUUAAAUAUAACCAAUAAAGAUAUAAUAAACUUUUUAUUAAUAAAAUCAAAUCAUAUUAAUAUAACGAAAUUAAUUGAUGAAUUUUUUUUACUAAACGAAAAAUUAUAUAAUACAUAUAUAAUAAAAAAUAAAAAUAAAAACAUGUUGGAACAACAAAAUGUUCUUUUUAUAAAAAAUUUAAAUGAUGAAGAAGUAUUUCAGUUCAAUGAAUCCAAAUUCUAUUUAGUUCAUAAUCCUUUAUUUAAUUCUUUGGAUAAUUUAUUUGAGAAUAUUGUUCAUAAAAAAUAUGAUUUUAAAUCUGAAAAAAUGGAUGUACAUGGAGUAAGUGAAAAAUUUGAAAAUUUGACGCUAAACAUUUUAAUAAACAACGAUAUUAAUAAUAUAAAUAAUAAUAAUAUAAAUAAUAAUAACAUAAAUAAUAAUAAUAAUAUAUAUACUAAUAAUUAUAAUAAUAAUUUUAGUUUUGGUAAGAAAAAAUUUGUCAUUACUGUUUUGAAUAUUCCUUAUAAUAUGUAUAUAACCGAAUUUUUAAGAUAUUCCAUAGGAUAUCAAAGAAAGUGGAUAUACAAAUUUCUUCUCUUUUAUAUUAUUAAAGGUAGUGAAAAAUAUAUACUAAAUGAUGGAAAUGAUAUUAUUAGACAUGGAAAAACAAUCAGCGAAAUAUUUCAGAUAUGUAAAUCUGGAGAUCUUUGCACCUUACACAUUGAUAUAAAUUUUAAUGAAGCUGAUAAUAAUUUGGAGAAUGAUACAUUUAAUUAUGAAAUUAACCCAAAAGAUAUGGAAAUGCGAAAGGUUGAUGUAGAUUUAGAUGCAGAUUUAGAUGCAGAUGUGGAGGGUAACAUAAAUGAAUUAGUAAAAAGCCUUCACAAUGAUAAUGUAAACCGUUUUAUAGUAUUAAAAGAAUUAAGUAAGAAAAUAUAUGCAGAAGACUAUGAAAAUAAAAAAAUAGAUAUGUCCAUAAUAUGCUUUGAAUAUAAUGCUGGUUUAUAUGAAAGAAACAUUUUUGGUAGUUCAAGAAUUUGUAAUAUUCCAAAAAAUUAUACUGUUGGAGAUGUUUUAAUAUAUGUAAAAAAUAAAAUAAUUGAAGAUACUAAUAUAAAUAUGUUGUAUGAUUUAGAAUUAAAAAUAAUAUAUAAUGAUAGUUAUAUAGAUAUACCAAAGGAUAUGAAUAUAGAAUAUGUAAUAAAUUAUUUAUUUAUAUAUACACCUUUUAUAGUAUAUCCAUCAGAUGAUAUAUCAAAAUAUAAUAAUAUUAUUCAUUUAAUUUUAUAUAAUACUAUUAUAGAUAUAAAAGAAAAUACUUUUGUUAAAAAAGAUAUUCCGAUAUAUCUUAAGAAAGGUAAUAUUUUUAAAAAUGUUAGUUUAAAAUAUAUACCUAUAAAUAUAAGAGAGGAUGAAUUAUUAACAUAUAUAUUACAUUAUUUAACAGAUAAUUCUGAGGUUAUUUCUUUUAUAAAAGAUAUAACAUGUAUAUGUAUUUAUCCUCUAUGUGAUUCCAUUUAUAUAUAUCAUCAAAAAAAACAAUUAUCAUUAAUACCUUCCAUAUCUUAUCAUAUACAUUUAAAAAAUGUUUAUUAUAUAUCUACCGUAGAAACAUAUGAAAAUUAUUAUAAUAUAUUAGGUCAUAUGGAAUUAAAUUUGAAUAAGUACUUACAUAUACAAAAUGAUGGAAAUAAUUAUAAGAAAAAAGAAGCAUAUAAUAAUAUUUAUAAUAUGAAUAAUGUGGAUGAAUUGAUACACCUGGAUGUUAAUAUAAUAUUUCCAAGCAUUCAAAAAAUUAUACGUGUAAAGAAUUUGAAUGUAAAUAUAAAAAUAGAAGAAUUGUUAUAUAAAAUAUUUGGUUGUAUAACUAACAAAAUAUAUAAAUUGGGGGAACUAUUUACAAAUGUGGUAGGAAAGAAAGAAAAGUUUAAUAUUAUCAAUGAUCACAUAAAGAACAAUAAUAAUAAUAAUAAUAUUAAUAGUAUUAAUAAUAUGAAUAGUUGUGAUAGUAAUGAUAGGAUAGAUAAUAAAGUAUUAAAAAAUUACUUAUCUGAGGAAGAAAAUAUUAUAACAUUUAUAUUUUGUUCUCAUGAUAAUAGCAUACAUGAUUAUCUCACCUCUAGAAUGAUAUAUCUUCCGGCAAUCAUAAAUUAUCAAACAAAUUAUAUAACAUUCUAUAGUAGUAUAAAUGGAUUUGCUAAUAAUGAAACUACUUUUCAUGGGUUUCCAAAUUAUCUAAGUCCAGAAACUAUGUUGACCAUAUUACAAUAUAAUUUCUUUCAUAUCAUAGGAAAAAAUUAUUUGAAAUUAUAUGGAAGUUUGUAUGAUAAUGGAAGUGAUGACGAUAUAAUAUAUAAUACAAAGGAUAGAAAAAAAUUAGAAAACACGGAGAUAUAUAAUAAAAGUUUUAUUGCUAUGAGAGGUGCUAUAAAAUUUAUCUUGCGAAUAAAAAAUAAGGACAAAAAAAAAAAACCAUUAGAUACAAUACAAAAUUUAAAAAAUAAUGAAUUAAAUAUAUCGUGUGAAAGUGUAGAAAAUGAAGUUGAUAUGGAAGAAUGUAAUGACUUUCUUUCUUCUUUAAAUAAUUCAAGUAUAUUUUGGAAAAAUGGUAUAUUAGGAUUCAUGGCAAAUUCAAUAGUUACUCGUGAUAAUAUGAAUAAUAGUUUAAUAUUACCUUAUGUAGAUUUUGAAAUAAAUGAGAAGAUGUUUUUACAAAAUAUUUUAUAUCAUAUAAAUAUAUCUCCAUAUUUAUAUAAAUUAUUUGAGUUAACUCAUAUAGAUAAAAAAUGUAAUACUUAUAAAAAAAAAUUAAAAAAUAGUGUUGCACAUAUUCAAUGUUUAUUGUCAUAUGGAUUUAGUAUAUAUUUUGAUUUACAUUAUGAUAGUACAUUUGAUAAAUAUAAAGGAUUUACAUUAGGAGAAAAUUCUUUUGAUAUAACACAAAUACAUUCAUUUCAAAAUCUUCAUGAACAAAAUUUUGUGGAUUUAAUUUUAUAUAAUCAUGAUGAUACAUUUAUUACAAUCAAAAAUGUAUAUAGAGAUAUGACAGUUGGAACAUUCUUAAAUGACUUAUCAAAAACAAGAUGUCAUAUAUUGGGAUUAACAUAUAAUCAAAUAUCUACUUAUUACAAAUUAAUCUAUGAAAUAUAUAAUGAAACACAUGAAAUAUCACCACAUAUGUCUAUAGCAGAUGUAUAUAAUAUUGUGAUAAGUUUUUCUAAAUCUAGCAUAUUAUUAAAAAUAAAGAAAAUUGAUAUGAGCAAGGAUAAAUCACACAAUAAUAAUAAUAAUAAUAAUAAUAAUAAUAGUAAUAAUAGUAAUAAUAGUAAUAGUAAUAAUAGUAAUAAUAGUGAUGAUAUUAUUAUUAACAGUGGUAAUGCUGUCUAUAGUAGUGCUUUACCAGAUUUAUAUUUAAGCCCAUAUCCUCCAGUUAUAGACAUGAGUCAAAAUAAUUUUCAAGUUAAUAUAUAUAUGCACUCGAAAUUUAUACAAAAUAAUUAUUCCUUAAGAGAAGAUAUAGUACCACAUAUUACUAUUAAUAAUGUACCAUCAAAUGUAUUUAUUAUAUCAUUAAAAGAAUUGUUAAAAACAAUAUUUAUAGAACAUAUGGAAAAAUCACAAACUACUACAUUUCAGUUAAAUUUAUAUGACUUUGAGGUCGAAUUAUUUAUUCUUACUUUUAAUCGUUUUACUACUAAAUUUCAUAAAACCAAUUCAAAUAUUUUAAGUAAUUUAACUAUCUCUAACUUUUAUAGUACUUACAUUCAAGGAGGGUUAUUUCUCAAUAUAGAUAAAAUUAAAAUCGAUAUACCAAAUCUAUUGAAUGAUUUUAUUGAUCAUUUCUCAAAGGUCGUAAUAGACUUUUCUCAUCAAAAGAUAGUCAAACAGUAA